AAAAACAUUAAACAAAUAUUAAAUACCCAAUCCCUUAUAUCUCUGUCUCUGUAUAUUUCUUUCAUUCAAAACGAACGCUGUCUCUGCACAAAGAAAAAAAGUAAAACCCUUUUCUUCAAUUUCAAAACAAACACUGAAUCACUUUCUUUUCAGUUUCUUUAAUUCUUGAAUUUGCAAAACAACCCCUCUCUUUCUUUUACUUCUUUAGUGAUUCAGAGAAAAAGAGAGGCUUCAUUUGGUUUGUUUUUGGAAAAUGUCGUCACGCCGCUCAUCGUUUUCGUCUUCUACGACGUCGUCUUUGGCCAAACGCCAUGCUUUGUCGUCGGAGAAUGUUGUGGGGAAGGCCACUGCUACUGCUACUACUACUACGUCGGCAAUGACUGCGAGGAAACGUGCGCCUCUUGGUGAUAUCACUAACCAUAAAAAUGUGACGCAAAAAGGGUCGAAAACUUUGAUUCCAUCGUCUACAUUGGCACCAUGUUCGAAUAAAAUUGCUAAGGUGAAAAAGCCUGCUAGCAUCACCAGCGGCACAACCAAAUACACAUCUUUCUCUGCAACCAAUUUACCUGUAUCUUUGAAUGCGAAAUCAAGUGCAAUUUCCGCUUGGAAGGUUCCAAUUGUGUCGACAAGCGAUGAGGCAGUAACCAGUAUCAUUUCUGACCCUUCUCCGUGCAGCAUGGAUAUGUCUCCAAGUAAAUCAGACGUAGGUUCUAUUUCAUUGGACGAAACAAUGUCGACGUGUGAUUCUUUUAAGAGCCCUGAAGUUGAGUAUAUCGAUAACGAUGAUAUUCCAGCAAUUGAUUCCAUUAGUAAGAAGACACUCAGCAAUCUUUACAUCUCAGAGCAUGUGCAACCAGCAGAAAAUGUGUGUUGCAGAGGUGCAUUUGCCGAAAUGGACACGGAUGACAAAAUUCUAAAUCUUGAUGACAAUUAUGAGGAUCCACAGCUAUGUGCCACAAUUGCUUGUGAUAUUUACAAGCAUUUACGUGCAUCGGAGACGAAGAAAAGGCCUUCAACAGAUUUUAUGGACAGAAUACAGAAAGAUAUAAAUCCCAGCAUGCGUGCAAUACUGAUUGAUUGGCUUGUGGAGGUGGCUGAAGAAUACAGGCUUGUACCAGAUACAUUAUACUUGGCCGUAAACUACAUAGAUCGGUAUCUUUCUGGGAAUGUGAUGAACAGACAAAAAUUGCAGCUGCUUGGCAUUGCCUGCAUGAUGAUUGCUUCUAAGUAUGAGGAAAUUUGUGCGCCCCAAGUUGAAGAGUUCUGCUACAUCACAGAUAACACCUAUUUUAAGGAGGAGGUUCUGGAAAUGGAAUCAGCUGUUCUGAAUUACUUGAAGUUCGAAAUGACAGCCCCAACAUCAAAGUGCUUUCUGAGACGAUUUGUUCGUGCAGCGCAAGGAGUCAAUGAGGUUCCAUCAAUGCAAUUGGAGUGCUUGGCCAACUACAUCGCAGAAUUAUCUCUCCUAGAGUACAGUAUGCUUGGCUAUGCUCCAUCACUUAUUGCUGCCUCCGCAAUUUUCUUGGCAAAAUAUAUACUUGUUCCUUCAAGAAGACCAUGGAAUUCGACCUUGAAGCAUUAUACACUUUACCAGCCUAGUGAUUUGAACGACUGUGUCAAGGAUCUUCACCGCUUGUGCUUCAACUGUCAUAAUUCUACCUUACCUGCAAUUAGAGAGAAGUACAGUCAACAUAAGUAUAAAUUUGUAGCAAAGAAAUACUGCUCUCCUUCAAUACCUCAAGAAUAUUUCCACAACCAAGGCUACUGACACAGUUCAAUUACUCUUCCAAUGCUCUGUUGGAUAUAUUUCAAGGAAACAGCGCCUCUUGGUUUAGUGGCAUCUUCUAGUUCUAGGAAUUGGAAAUUCAAUUCACUGUAUCAUUUUUUUUUCUCUUAGAAAUAUUGACUGAGGCUAUAUGCUGAGUGUACCCUUUUCAGCAAUCAUGUUAGUGCUUCAUAAUCUUGUAUCAUAUUUCUCUAUCUUGUUUUCUGCAUUCGUUAGUUUUCCUGUCA